AUGCCUAUCAUAAGUAGGCUGGUCAAGGGCGUUGGCGCAGGCAUCGGUGCGGCAUCGGAGGCAAUCGCCGACCACAGAGAGAAGAAGGCAGCCAGAGAGCGCGGAGUGUCACCCAUCCCCGCAGUCCAACAUGAGACUGGGGAGAGCUCGCACCUAGCAGCUCCGACACUUCACCCCCCACAUUCAUCCGAAAAGAAAAGCCGUUCUGACGGGGAAGACGACGACGAUUCUUCGAGUAUCAGCAGUUCUGACUUGGCCAACGACAAUGCCGAAUGGGCCCUUGACGAAGCUGCAGAAGAGCUCGAGCAGCCUCCGCCAUCAUACGAAGAAGCAGCCGCUACACCGGCUUCAGACCAAGACGUCGCGAGAGCUUUCGUGGACAAGCACCGAUUCACACCUUCGCCCUCCCUGAAUAUCAAACCACUACCAUGCCCGGUCAUACUCCCGCAGCGCCGGCCAAAAGACAAAAGUCGAGGAUUUGUGCGCGCCUACGCCCCCUUACUCGGCGAGUGUGCGGGCAUUGACCAGGGGACCUUUAUCGACUUCAUCAACGACCUUGACCGCGCCUCAAAAGCCAGCCCGGUCUUCGACGUGAUCAAUCUGGCUUGCUUCGCCGCGGGAUUGGUACCAAACCCCAUUGCCAUGGCCGUGACCAUCGCUGUCCAAGUGGCCAGUCAGACUGCAAAGGAGAUCCAAUCCCGCCAGCGCAGAAACACCUACCUCGAUCAGAUCAACAACUCUCUUUUCAAGCCACGUGGACUGUACUGCAUGAUCAUGACCUUCAAACCGGACAGCCCGCAUGAGCCGCUGCUCGGAAUAGACCUCUCGAACAUCAGCGCUGCAGACCAAGCUCUCGUCAAAGCAACCUCGAUCCCGGACUCCGAGCUGAAACAAAAGCUCGCCAAACUCCGCCUCACCUCGGGCGUCAGCAAGGGCGAGCUUUCCCUUCCCGAGCCCGCGCCUCUGAUCUACCCUGCCCUCGACGCGGCUGCACUGUCGGCGCUCAACUCGACAGAGGAUUCCUCCGGCGGUGCCAAGAGCACUCUACCACAACGCACCCAAGACAAGCUCCGCGCGACGGGCGGGUUCUUGGCAAGCUAUCUCGACCGUCGCGCUCAGGCAAGCUACGCCGGGAUGCACCCGGACAGCAGGCUGGUGGCGCCUUCUCCGGAUAAGACAUUCGCCUCUCGAUUCAGCGAUCCGAAUCACCCGGCCAACUCGGGAACCAUUCUCGGUCUCCUGACUGGUGGGCAUUUUGACCCCAAAGCCAAGAGACGAGGGCGGAGAGCUCAGAAAAGGGCACACAAGAGAGGAUACGAACUGAGCCCGGCAGACGUCAAAAAUGCGGAGAUGGGCCGACUACCGAAGCGAAGACAGGGCGUAAUCAGGAAGGUACUGCACAAGGACAUCCUGUACUUGACGGUGGUCAACCUUCCGAGCGAGGCGGAGAUGAGGGAGAUCAUGGGCGAGCUAGAACGGGUCAAGAGUGGAGGCAGUCAGAGCGAGGUGAGGUCUUGA